UUCUACACCUUCUAAUUUGGAUUAUCAAGCUCAUCAGUAUGCAUUUCGUUGAAUCCUAAGAAUAAAGAAGCUGCCUCGUUGCUUCCUAGGCACUCCCUUGCUAGUCUCACCUCUCACGUUAGUUUGAAUGGAGUUUGCAAGCCCAAAUAUUCCAGUCAAAGAAUCCUCAUCCCACAAGCUAAUAAUAUGUGUUUGUAUAUAUAGCACAGCACACGGGCUUCUCCUCCAUGUCCCAUUAUCUCGCACACCUUUCUGCACAAACAAAGCAAUAUCAGUCCUCUGCCUAUACAAUACUUCUUGAUUUUCCGCAUUGAUUAACAUGGCAGCCAUGCUCAAAUCUCUCAGCUUCUUUUUCAUUCUUUUGACGGUAAACUCCCUUCUCUUCAUUGAGACCGAAGCCCGUCCAUUCAGCGUCGUGAAGCCCAGAAACUCUGCUUCUAGCAGAGCUAUUGAGAGUUUCUUCGAUGGAUUAUCUCUCGGAGAACUCAAGCAGUCAGGCCCAAGUCCCGGUGUAGGAAACAGUUUUACCAACAGUCAGACACUCGGAGGAAUUAAGGAUGGUCCUAGCCCUUGCUGUGGAAACAAUUUUUAUAAAAUAAGAGAUAUAGUAAAAGGUCAAGAUAACAAUGCUGAGAAUAUAUUCACCGCUGUCUUCAAAUUCUUAGUAUAA